AUGUAUUCAAACUGGUCUCCCAAGCCUCCGGCGCUGUUAAAAACCAUUCAGCUUCUCGAUUGCUCCCAACAAAGGUCCCCCGCUGGAUACACAGCCAUUUUUAACAGCAUGGAUCAUGCAACAUAUACCGCGUACUAUGGCGACGACCAUUCCUAUGCUGGAGACCUUACCGGACAGGCAACCGAAGCCGAUGAUCUACUUGAUCCUUUAUUGAGAGAAUAUCUUCCUUCGUCAUCAAGACUACUCUUCGACCCAACUGGGCAGAGUCAGAGCUCUAGGCCUUCUAUGGCUCGUGCACAGACCCCCAUCUCCCUGGCAGAGAAAGUCGGAUACCUUGGUUUUGGAUAUACAACAGGCGGCGAGCCACUGUCGGAUUUGUGCGAGGACACCGCCGAAAACAACUAUGACGUUGGUAAUUGUACCACGCCUAAUGCUACUGCUACUGCUUCCAGCAGCAAGAGGCAUAGCAAGAUCAAGGCCAAGAAAUAUGUUUGUGAUUUCCAAGGUUGUGAGCUACGCUUUACCUGCCGGAAACAUUUGAAACGCCAUCAAAAGUCACGACAUGAUGAAAACCCUGAAAUCUUCAUCUGCCCACUAUGCCAAGGAGGGAACCCUUACCAAGGAAGUCGUAGGGACAACUUCGCCAGCCACGUCGAAAGACACACGAAAAACGAUGCUCCAAACGCAAAGGUAAAGUAUCACCCACAGGCAAAGGAUUACUUGCAUUCAAUCAAGAAUGGCCAACCUAUCGAGACGUUCAAGGGUGAUGACUUGUCUUGA